AUUUGCAAUAAUAUGAGAAGAAACGAACUCGGCUUCUAUGACGACCACACGUCCCCUCCCCUGUCGCUAAGUUGGACGGUGUCACUGAUAUCCCAAGAUAAGCUUGGACGGCAGCAGCCUCUCACCUCCACAAGCUCAGAGCAGCAAUGGACGACGCUUGGUCUUGGCUCGCUACGCUCCCUGAGCCAUCGCAAUGGCCUUCCACGCCUCCCUCUCUUGCUCUUGCGUCCGCCGACAGCAAGUCCAUCUGCCUCGCCGCCGACCGCACCGCCGGCUCCGACGCCGAGGCCCUCCUCACCUUCUCCAUCACAUUCUAUGGCUUCCACACCUCCAGCCCCUCUCUUACCCUCUGGCUCUCGGACCCCGUCUCCCCCUCCACCCCUCACAUCCCUCUCCUCCUCCAGCUCCUCCGCGAGUCCGUCUCCAUCUCUCCCUCUUCUUUCUCCUUGUCCUCGAUGAAGCUCGACCAAGAAGCCGUCUCGGGUGCCCUCGGCGAGGACGAGCAGGCCCGGGCUUUCCUCUCCCUCGCUCUCCUUCUCCGUCUUUUCUGGCUGUGCGCCACUGAAGCCCCCGCCGACGCGGGCUUCCUCUUCUUCCGCGCCCUCGACGCCCCCCUCGAACAAGCCCUCGGCUGCCAGCUCGCCCUGCGCGGCGUCCUCCUCGCGCUGGGGCCGGACGUCGAAGAGAGCUUCAUGCGGUCCGUCGGUUACAUGCUCUGUAAGUGGUGUAUCCUCCGGGAGCUGCAGGGCAGCGGUUCGAGCCGCCUCCUCCCGCCCGGCUGUUGCCCCUCCUACGCGGCGGAGAGGCACGGGCUCUGGGUCCUGAGGGGCUUCGCGCCGGUGCCGGCCAUGGCCCGAGUCGGCGUCACUGGAUCGACCGGUGGCCCGAAACUGGAGGCAAAGGACUCUGUGCUGCGCUAUGCCUUGGCCCAUCAGCAGCUGGAAGCCGUGGUCCAGUUAGAGUACAACGUCUGCAUGCGUGACCCACGCUUCAUCCGGGUGAGCGUUCGCGUCGACAACAUACGGCUCCACGUGGUCCGGCUCCGUUUCGGGCGGCGCAAGGACGGGGAGGACCGCGAGGAGGCAGGGGAUGAUGAAGACGACGUAGUGGGGGAACGGCACUUCCCGUCGCGGGCCCGAGUGUGGGUGGGGCCGGAGCUGGGAUCGAGCUACGCCACCGGUCCGAGCCUGGGACGGUCGAGCGGGAACCCGGAGCGAGAGGUGGAGGCGAUGCGGACGGUGAAGGGGCGGUUUGGGGGCGGGAAGACAGCCGGGGUGAAGGCGGCGGCGAGGACGGCGACGAGGGCGCGAGCGCGGAGCUGGCGUUGGGAGCAGGAGGCGGAGGGCGGGGCGGGGGUGUUCGAGGGGGUGCUCCACGACGGCGCCACGGGGACGGAGGUGGCAGCGUGGAGGCCGGUGGUCGGCGCAGGCGGCGGCGGCGGCGGAGGGGACCCGAGGGGCGGGAUGAGGCGAAGGUACAGCGGAUGGGGAAGGGCGUUCAGCAAGGCGGGUGGGGUGGUGGUGGCUGGGGACGAGGUGCCGGAGGCGGUGGAGUGGAGGGUGGGGAGGGAGAUGGAGGGGAGGGUGGUGAGGUGGAGGAUCGCGGGUCGGGUGUGGGUGAGUUACUUCGCCAAUGACGUGAAGACGGGCUACUUCGAGACGAGGAGCGUGGAAUGGAGGGAGGACGUGGACUUGGCUUUAAUCGCAGGAACAAACGAGCUUCCAGUAAUAACAUGACCGUCGUUCGUAUGAAGUCAAAAUUAUCGCAGUCGUCGUACAUUUGUCAGUCAAAAUUGUAACCUCAGUCAAAAGUAUCGAAGUAUUAGUCACGUAUCUCUUAUUGUCGUGGAAAGAUGAAGUAAAGUGUCUUAUUUCAGGCAUGGAUCUUCAUUUUAGAUCCAUUAAUAUUAUCAUAUUAUAUACUGUAUGUAUAUUCG